AUGACCUCUCGUAAAAUCGAGCAACCACUUGCACCGGGACUUCACUUUAUUGGCCCAAAGAAACAUCCCAAAUGGGUUGAACCACCCUAUAGAACUCGCCAAUUUGAAGGGGACCGACGGAGAUACAACCACUUGUUGCAUGGUAUAGACCCAGAUGUCCAUACCCUCCCCAAGGCCGAGAAACGAAAGAGAGAGGCUUUCGACGACGGAGACGAUGAAAGCACUCAAGGGGGUCAUGAUAGACCUCCCUUCAAGAAGAUCCACAAGACUCGGUCGUAUCACAUCAAGCGAAGGGCUGAUUGCUCAUCCCUUUCUCGAGGGAAGAAACACCACAGCUAUGAUAAAGAUUACCGGUUCUACCUUAAAGGUGGUGAUGUUUACUUCGUCAUCGAUAACACAAUAUUUUGCGUACACAAGAAGAAGCUCAUCACUUCUGGCGGUUAUCUGGCCGAUGUGCUAGAUACCAAUCUUCUUUUCCAUGAAGAGACGAUCCGGGAUCGCCCAGUUCUCCACCUUGACACCCUCGGCAUCACUGUCCGUCAAUUUCGUUUUUUCUUAUCGUUUAUAUAUGGCACCAUUAUUAUUCUCCGGACCCUUCCUAGUGGGAAACCGUUAUUGUAUUUUGAGGCUGCCCUUGAAGUCCUGGUAGCCAGCGUCAAGCUUGAUCAUCAAUCAGGUCGAGAAGCUGCACUCGAGGGCCUCGAAACUCUAUUCCCAAGCAAAGGCAAACCAGUCCCUUUCAAACCAACUAUUGCAGGCUGUCGAAGCAAUGAUGAAGAAAGGCUAUUUUACCGAACAUUCCCCCUCCAAGCGUUGCCUGUUCUCGAGGAAUGUUGCGUACCGGCCAUGCUGCCUAUGGCGUACUACCACGUUGCCCUUUUGCCACACGAAGAUAUAGUGAAUGGCGUUCAUACAAUCGACGGCAAGCUUCUCAAGCUCGGUGCAAAUUACAUCGACGUCAUCCUCAAGGCCCAGAAAACUCUUAAAUCCAUCCGUAACAAAGUCCUUUUCAAGUGGCUAUACGAUCUCGUCGAAGGUGAUAAGAAACUCGGUCCACGCAAAGCCACUUUGAAAUGCGCUAAUCAGAACAUGAGAGGCAAUAUUCCCUGCUUCCCAUUUCUUGUGCGUAUGCUAGAGUUGAGCAACGCAAAUGGGUAUACCCAAGGCACCAACUGUUUGGAAGGGUUCCACGACAAGGCAAAAGAAAUUAUCGGAGAGCAUCUCUGUUACAUCUGCCUGGAAUAUGUCCUGGAGCAAGCGAAUUUAUGUUUGGAGGAGAGUUGGGAACGCCUUCCCCGCUGCUUUGGGCUUCCGCCUUGGGAAAAGUUGCAAAAGUGGCAGCAAACAUUUGCAGAGGGUUUUGCUGGAAACUAUACCUAG